GUUUGCAUCAUGCCAUCCAUUAAUCCCCCUAAAAAGCCUCUAGGCAGGCCAAGGAAAUUUCCUACAACAGCAGCAGCAGCAGAUGCCAGGAAGAAACGCGAUCAACAACGAUACCUGCGGCAACGCCAUCCUCAGGGGCUCGCUGAUUUUAUUGCAUAUGAGCCCCAGAUUCCCGCGGAUGUACCUACUGAGACACCUACAGAAAUCGGCCUCCGGACGACCGUUCAGGUUCCAAUUUCUCAGGAGGACGAACCUCGACAAACUACCCAGCGACGAAAUCUGCAAACGAACCGUCCACCGCCAGCUGCACAUCCGAUGACCGGCGAAGAUGCCGAAGUCGCCAGACAGAUUCAACAGAUUCAAGCAGGCGAGAGGGAGGCAAAUAUUGAGCAGGAUGAAUAUGAAAUCGCGAUUUCAGAACAAUUAGAUAAGAUGGAUAGAACAACCGCAGAGAUUCUGCUUAAGAUGCGGCUGGGCAGAGGAGCAGAGAAGGUUGUAGGGGCAGGCGAUAUGGUCGAGCCAACGACCAGAGAGGGUCCGGAGGUCGCCGGCAAAGCAGGCGAGGAAGGCAGGGAGAGCAAUAACGAGUCACGACAUUCUCGCUACCCGCCAGUUGCCUCUGUUAAAGAGACAAUUGUGGGGGACAAUAACAGUGUUUGCAACUCUUAUGCUUCAUCGAGGACAUCAAUAGGUACAAAGCACUCUACGGGUAGUAGGUCGCAGCAGACACCUGAUGGGCGAAGCCUACAGUCCUUGCCGCGAUCAAAUCGAGGAAGCGGACAACGCAGAACUCGAUUCCCGGCUCAGAGCAAUACCCUCCUAUCUUGGAUACAACCUCCACCAGGAAGCCCAUCCGCUAAUAGUAUCUUGUCUCAGCCAGUUGUGCCAAGAUCUCUGAACACUGCCUUGCCUUUACCCAUCCAUACACCUGCACCCCGCCUUGCAGCCUCUGAUCCCGCCCGAUGUAAACCUAAUACUGCAUCCACGGCACCGCCCACGGCACCAUCCACGGCACCAUCCACGGCACCAUCCAUAGCUACCAACCUCCCUACAUCUCCAGACCCGUCAGAACGAAUUUUGUUUAAGCUAGCUAAGCAGCUUCGGCAUUUCCAGGGCUGCACUCAUGAAGAGCAUAACAAGGAAGACAGACUGCACCAAGAGCACCAUCAACGCCCUGAUGUCCGUUCUGCAUGCUCUUCCAUCCGCCAAAUCACUACUCUUCUUCGCGGGGAAUGCGAUGGGGGAACGCCUCUUCCAGACGUGCUUAGCAGCCCUAAAUUCAUGAAUCCUUCAGACUUCCGCGGCAUCAACUGCCAAGGCGCCUUUGAAGGGACGAGUACUACGGCCUUCCCUGAUGACGUCGGGACCGGCGACGAGCGCCUGCCAAAAAACCUUUGCCUGUCGCAACACCACUCCCGCAGCAACAAGGACCGUUCUGCAAAGAUAACAUUCGACAUCGACAGCGUCUGCUCAUUCCCUAACAGCCUAGCUGUUGCUCGGCAAGGAAUUAAUUGGUUUCCACGAUGCCAUCCAUUCCUAAACCUGGCCGCGGACAUACAUUUUGGCCUAAAAGUGCCUGCAUACAACGACGGUGGGGAGCUAACCGAGAAGUAUGUCCCUCUGCACAAAAUCCCCCAUUAUUGCUUUGGCUCUGUCAUUGGAUUUGAGUCGCUUUUUAUCUACAUCUUCUUUCCUUCUCUCCAUACGGAAAGCGACCACGAGCAUACCACAUACCUCAGCGACGAGACCCAGCAGCUCUGGUAUGACGCGGUCCUUAGCCGUUCCUUGAAGAAGACGAUCGGAUGCUCGAAUAUCUUGCAGCACUACCCUGCUUCUGCCCACGUCGCCAACCUAGACUCGACUGCGAAGUCUGCAGAGAGCCUCUCCCAGAAAGUCUCUACAAGAGAGCAGCUUCUAAAGUAUGCGCUGCAGCCCCAGCAUCUGGACUUGCUCUGGAACUGCAUUCUCGAGAGCAUUGCAGAAAAUCCCGGCCUCAGCCAAUUCGAAGGCGCAACGCUCUUCAUGCACGCAAAGAAUACCAAACUAGAGCAUAUGGAUGCCAGCCUGACUUCGGCAUAUGGACGCUGGAAAGAAUGCUGGUCCGGGGUUACCGAUCCACAAUUCCACAGCAAGGGU